UUACUGGAUGAAUUGGAAAAUGUCAAUGAAACUAUUCUUCCUGAAUUAGAUAUUAUUUUGAAAAAACUGAAACAAAAUGAGGAAAUCAGUUUUGAAGAAGCUGCUCCAAAGCGAAUUAUUUCUCCUCCUCAAAAAACAGCAACAAAUACUGUAAAAUUAGUACCUGAGAAACAAGAAAAGAGGAAAAAUAAACAGUUUGAAACAGAAGCAGAAAAAGAAAUCUUUUCAUUAUAUAUGGAUAUGAAGGAGCAACAAAAGAAAGAAAAUACAGAACAGGAAAAAAAUCUAGGUGAAAUCUGUGAAGAACCUAUGGAUAUGGAGGAAGAUGCAUCUGGUGAAAAAAGGAUUAUAACAUAUCAGAUUGCCAAGAAUAAAGGUUUAGUACCCCACCGCAAGAAGGAAUACAGGAAUCCAAGAGUUCGUCAUAGAAUGAAGUAUAGGAAAGCAAAAAUACGUAGGAAAGGACAAGUCCGAGAGGUUGUAAGAGAAUUAAAGCGAUAUGAAGGAGAGCCCACUGGAAUUUCUACACAUGUUGUAAGGAGCAUAAAAUUGAAAUAAUAUUUUGAUGUAUAUAUUUAUCUUUAAACAUAAAAUGUAAUUAACAUUUAUGUAUAGAUAUUAUUAUAAUAAAAUUUUUCAAAUGUUGAA